AUGUACAUAUAUUUUUUCUGGUUUACUAUUUACGGUGGUCUAGGACCCACGUGUACCAGCCAGGUUGGUGUUGUUCCGCCUCUGGUUGCUGAUGUUUUACUUUUGCUUCUCAAUGAAGAUCUCACAACAGAAAGGCAGUCCAACCUGGCCAUCUUUUCCAAAGAGUUGUUGGAACAACCACGCACCGCUUACGCAUUGAUGCAAAAAAAUGAACACAAACCUCUGCAAACAUUCCCGAUGCGCUGCAGAAGGGAGGCAACCCCAACACCUUAA